AUGCCAUUACUCGGGCGAUUCGCUUUGCGCGCAUUCGCACAGCACAGCCGUCCUCUGAAGCCUGCCCCACCGUUGCGCACCCUCUUCGCAUCGUGGGAAACAAAUGCUAACUUGCCAUUCCUCUCACCUGCAGACCCCUUCGCUGACGUCGAGGAGGACACCGGAGAAAAGGCAAAGCCUCAGGAUUACAUCCACAUCCGUAUCCAGCAGCGCAAUGGACGUAAGACCUUGACUACCGUUCAGGGCAUCCCCAAGAAAUUCUCUCGCAAGAAGAUCCUCUCUGUCGUCAAGAAGAAGUUCGCCUGCAAUGGCACCAUCGUCCACGAUGAAGACAUGGGCGAGGUGAUUCAGCUCCAGGGCGACCAGCGCAAGCAUAUGCAGGAAUUCCUCGUCGACAAGGAAGAGGGCCUUGAGCUCGACCCCAAGACCAUCAAGGCAAGUUUUGACCUCUUGCAUACACUCUCAUACCAUUUACAGAUCCCUCGUGGCAUUGCCCAAAUCGAACAGCCGCCCUGCCACUCUCGCGGUCUGCACCCAGGCUCUACGAAGGAUCAACGUGAGCGGUAUGUUGUCCGGGUAGUCGGCACGGUUGGAGUGCAGCUGCGCGAGCAGGGAGACCAUGCUGAUGAAGCUGGCGAUGGAGAAGACCGAGAUGGAGAUGGACGUCUCCUUGCGGAUGUUGAUCUUGCGCUGGGUAAUGUGAUACAGUGCCGUCAGCGUCGUGGCGAUGCAUAUCCACGCGGGGAGCAGGAGGCGCGGGUCGGCAGAGCCGCCCGUCAGGUACAGGACCCAGGAGGUGAGGUAGCCGUUGAGCGCGUUGAUGGCCAGCAGGCGGACUAUGGAGGCCUGCGGGGUGUAGUUCAGGAGCCUGGUAGAGAGGAAGAGAGACAGGCACGUCUCCGUCAGCCGCAACCUGCUCUCAAACGACAUGUCCUGGUAAGAAGGCCCCGGGGUCGUCGUCGUCGUCGUCGCCGUCGCCGCCGCUACGGACGGGGUCGUCGUCACGGCCAGCGACAUCUCGACGAGGUGCUUGAGCUGCAGAAGCAGGCGGGCGGCGCUCGGGAGGCCCCACCAUAUCGCCGGCGCGCACGCGAGCAGGCGGCAGGCGAAGAGCGGUGCGUGCCACCGCUCCGGCACGCCGAGGACGACGGCGACGCGGGGCUGCAGCAGCGUCGGCCGCGCCCCGGCUGCUACCGCGUCGCUGCUGUUGCCGCUGUUGCCAUUUCCGGUGUUGCUGGUACCACCGGCGUUCCGCCCGCGGCGGAGGCGGGCGGCCAUGCAAAGUCGAGGAGGGCCGAAGCACUUCUAGCCAUGGCGGCCAACUUCCGAACGAGGCCGUGGAUCAUGCCAUUGGUCCUGCGGUCGAGACCCUCGGCAGCGGCCAUGGCGCCGGCGACGAGGAUAACAGCUUCUUACCUUGCCUCGAGGCACCUGUCAACGACGAGCCGGACAUGCGCUAGGCCAGGAGGCAACAGGACAUCAAACAAGGCGAACAAGGACUACAGAGCGAAUGCGUCGAAGUUCGAAAGCCCUUCGCCCGUGACGCAGGCGAUGGCGAGGCCCGAAGCGCAACACCUCCCUUCCGAGGCAAUCUACAUGAGGGCGCCAUACACAUUCGUGCCUCCUCCCCUGACGAAAUACCUGCUCCGGCCCGGCACCCUCCUCAGCCUCCUGCGCUCCCGCUUCGUCCAGCACGCCAAGGACGCCUUCAACCUGGCCAUGUACAAGUUCUCGUCCAAGCCGGGCUACCUGAAGGGCGCGCGCUUCAAGCUGCACCGCUCGAGCAUCGUGCCCACCGCCAAGGCCAUGCACGUCGCCAUGUCCGAGGCCCUGGCCCGGGGCGACAAGGACGCCCUGCGCGCCGUCGUCUGCCAGCGCCUCUACAACCAGCUCGCGCCCUCCAUCGACGCCCGCAGGAAGGGCCAGCGCUUCGAGUGGUCGCUCGUCGGCUACACGCGCUCCCACGCCUACCCGCGCCUCGUCGACCACAAGAUCAUGAUGAUGCAGAACCCCGGCGGCGGGCCCACGGCCGUCUGGCGCCAGGCCGUCGUCGCCAUCUCGAGCCGGCAGCGCCUCGUCGAGCACGACGACAACCUGGCCGGCGUCGAGGUCGUCGGCAGCGCCCGCGAGACCAACUCGCUCGAGUACCUCAUCAUGGUCGCCAGCGUCGACGGCCGCACCUUCCAGACCCGGGACUGGCGCAUCUUUGGCUACGCCGAGGAGGCCACGCCCGAGUCGUGGAAGGAGGAGAUGCGCAGCAUCGAGGAGAUGGAGCAGGACAGGCUCAAGAAGUACAAGUCGUGA